AUGGCGCCUUUUGAGAACGGCCAAACCAAUGGCCUCAAUGGUGACGCUGCACCUGCAGCAAGCUACUCAAGCUAUGUUCGUUUCUCAGACACUCCCGACGCCAUCGACAUUCCCGCAUCCAGCUUCGACAGCGAAGUUGAAGUCAGCUUGCUCGAGCUCCCCGAUGACCCGACUGAGCUUUGCACCCUCCUAGAGAACGAAAAGGCUGCCAAGAAUUUUUGGAUGAUUAUCGCGCUCGCCUACGCGAAGCGAAAGCAGUACGACCAUGCCAUUGAUAUCUUGAGUAAGGGCCUGGCCUCCGUUGCCCAUGGAGCGACAAAGGAAAAACUUGGUCUGCUGGGCUGGAUUUGCUGGCUUUAUUUGCUGAAAAGCCGAUCUGCUCCUCGCGUUGCGCCUGAGGGCGAGCUUUACUCGGAAGCCAAAACUAAGGACCACUACCUGCAACUUGCGACGUCGACCUUGAACGAGGCCUCCCGCCUCAACCCAGCUUAUCCUCCUCUCUUCUUGGCUCGCGGCGUCUUGUGUCUCCUCCGCGCCUCACUAUACGCGCCCCGCCCCGUUCGUCCGGGUGCAAUUGAUACCUCGGAAAGAAACGAGUCGCUACGACAGGCUCUGAAAUGCUUCGACGAGUCGUCCAAGGCCUUCGGUGGCCGGAACAUCAUGGCUAUUCUAGGACGCGCUCGGGCGCAUUACAUGCUGGGAAGAUACGCGGAUGCACUCGAGGGAUAUCAAAAGGCUCUGGUCAAGAUGCCUAACCUCACAGACCCAGAUCCACGUAUUGGUUUAGGAUGUUGUUUAUGGCAGCUGGGCUUCAAGGAUCAGGCCAAGGUAGCCUGGGAGAGAGCGCUAGCUCUGAACCCCGAGUCCAAGGUUGCCAAUGUCCUCCUCGCCGUUUACUACCUCCACGACAGCUCUCGCCGAUCCACCACCGACCCCAUGUUCGGCUCAAUGUACAAAUUAGCCAUGACCCAAUACACCCAGAAGGCAUUCAAGUUGGACAAGGAAUACCCUAUCACCUGCUCCAUGUUCGCCAGCUACUUCCUACUUCGCAAGAAUUAUGCAACCGUGGAGACCCUGUCGCGCAAAGCUAUCGAGCACACCGAUGUUAUGGCUAUCGCAAGUGACGGCUGGUAUCUUCUUGGUCGCAAGUCGCACUAUGAGGGCGACGAAGCACGUGCCGCGGAAUUCUACAAUCGUUCGGAUCAAGCUCGCGGUGGAAACGACAAGGGAUAUCUUCCUGCCAAAUUUGGUGCUGUACAGAUGCAGAUCACGAACAAGGACUACGACGGUGCCAAAUUCCGACUGGAGAAGAUUAUUCAGCAAUCUAAGAACCCGGAGGCCAUGACGCUGCUUGCUGCUAUCCACGCGGAAGAAGUCUUUGCUGCUCAAAAGUCAGGCAGCAAGGAAGACAAGUCUACCGAGGCAAAGCGAGCGAUCACUCUGCUGGAGUCAGUGCGCUCCAUGUGGAAGAAUGAGAAGCUCAAUCUCGCUCCUGACGAGUCGGUUCUCGUUUAUCUUGCCCGUCUUUACGAAAGCACUGCGCCAGAUAAGAGCAUGCAAUGCCUGACUCAACUGGAACAGAUCCAGCUAGCCGAAAUCCCCGAGGAAGCUCGACCCGAUAUCGAGGACCAGGACAAGUUGAACGCUGCUCUGAGGGAAAGCCUUCCGCCGCAGCUGCUCAACAACAUGGGAUGUUUCCUAUACCAGAACGAAAAGAUUGCUCUAGCUCGUGGCCUGUUCCAGUCUGCACUCAACGCCUGUGUACAAACACAAGAAAAAGAGAAUGGCACCGACACCGAUGCGCUCGUCAGCACAAUCAGCUACAACCUCGGGCGAACUUACGAAGCCGCAGACAUGUGGGACGAAGCUAAGAAGGUCUAUGAGGGUCUUCUUGAGCGCCACAGUGACUACACGGAAGCCAGUGCUCGCCUGACCUACAUCGCCCUGCGGCAGAGCCCCACAGACGAGGGCCCUAAGAGGAUUAGUAAACUUUACGAAUCCGACAGCUCAAAUCUGGAAGUUCGGGCACUCUACGGAUGGUACCUCAGCAAGGCGAAGAAGCGCGUUUCCAACCUGGCAGAAGACAGCGAGCAACGUCACUUCAAGCACACGCUGCAGUACUAUGACAAGCAUGAUCGAUAUGCUUUGACUGGCAUGGGCAAUGUGCAUCUCCUUGCCGCCCGUGACAUGCGUCGCGACACUGAACAAGACAAGGAAAAGCGUCGCAAGAUUUACCAGCGCGCUGUAGAAUUCUUUGACAAGGCUCUCCAACUAGACCCCAAGAACGCAUAUGCAGCUCAGGGUAUUGCGAUCGCCUUGAUCGAUGACAAGAAAGAUCACAGCACUGCUGUGCAAAUUUUGUCCAAGAUUCGGGACACACUCAAGGACCCAAGUGUUUACCUCAACUUGGGCCACGUCUUCGCUGAGCUUCGUCAAUUCUCACGAUCCAUCGAACAUUACGAAGCUGCAUUGUCCAAAGAUCGCCAGCGUGAUGUGCAGAUUCUAGCUUGUCUUGGCCGCGUAUGGUGGCUGCGAGGCAAGCAGGAGGCAAGCCUGGCUGCGAUGAAGACAGCAUUGGACUACGCCACCCGCGCACGCAAUGUCUCUCCGGACCAACUCCAUCUACAGUUCAAUGUUGCUUUCCUGCAAAACCAAAUCGCCUCUCUCGCAUACGGUCUCCAGCCUACUCAAAAGACGCUCCAGGACGUCCAGGAGGCGGCAGAAGGUCUCAAGGAGGCCAUUGAAACCUUCGAGCGUCUUUCGAGCGAGAAGAACCCGCCCUACCCUAGCGCUGCACUAGAACAGCGUGCCAACAUGGGCCGCACCAUCAGCAAGCAGCUCGACCGAGCCAUGCAGAGCCAAAAGGAGUACGAAGAGAAGAACGCCGCCAAGCUCCAGCAAGCCCGGGAAGCUCGCGAAGAAGCCAAGCGCAUCCGCGAAGAGGAGCUGCGCAAGGCCCAAGAAGUCGAAAUGGAGCGCAAAAAGCGCAUUGCUGAGGAGCGUGCGCAGAUGAUCGAAGAAGUGCAACGGCAUGCCCUGCAGCGUGCUGAAGAAGAGCGCGCUCGCGAGGAAGCCGAGUUGACCAACGAUUCCGAAACCGGCGAUCGAGUGAAGCGCAAGAAGAAGACCGUCGGCAAGCGCAAGAAGAAGGGCCACGACGACUUCAUCGCCGACGAUGAUGACCGCGAGGCUGCGCGGAGCGGGGUCGACAGUGAGGGCGAGGCGGCGCCUAAGAAGCGGCGUCGUCUGGAACGUCGAUCUGGCGGCAAGGCUGCUAAGUCUGGGAAGCCUGGCAAGUACAAGAGUAGUGAGAUGGUUGUUGAUUCGGACGAUGAAGAGGCCCGUGGAUCUGCAGACGAAGACCAGGACGACCUCUUUGACGACGAGGAACCAACGGAGGAUGCUGCACCGCGUCGUCGUGGCAAGGCUACUCGUCGUAUUGCCGACGACGAUGAGGAUGAAGAUGAAGAUGAGGAAGAGCAGGUUGAGAAGGCUGUCAAUGAAGACAACAACGAUGAUGAAUUGUUUGGCGAGGGAUCUCCAAAGGCCGAUGAGAAUGCAGAGAUGCAGGAGUGA